AUGAUCAUUGUUAAUUACAUAUGGGCUUUGUUGUUAAUAUAUUGUAGCACCUGUCCCGAGGAGGGCGCUUGCAGGUACGUCGCUACGUCGUCCACCAUGCAGGCUCGCGGGAGCUCGGGGAGGAACAUAAUACGCUAUAGGGCGCGCAUAACGCGUGCGGGCUGCGCGGCGCGCCGCGACCGACUGGCGCGAGCCCUGCUCCCUCGCCCCUCGCCGUAUCUCCCCCCGCCGCACGCUCCACUCCCUCACCCCUCCCUCGCCCGCCCACCCACUAGGGGUGAUACUUAUGAGUUUUCCGCAAUGUAA